AUGAACCUGACUUUUAUUCAUUUUUCUGUUGUUAAACUAUCAGCAAAAGGAGGAUUAUCAUGUCAACCUCAAAGCCAUGAUAAUAAGUCAAUCAAUAAUAUUCUAAAUCUGGAUGGUGUAAGAGUUCAAAUCUCAUAUAAAAACAUUCAACAAACUGAAUCAAAAACGUAUGAGCUCAUAAGGCAAUCUUAUAUUGGUAAACAACUAUGA